CAUCUCAAUCUCUCUGUUUUAAACAGUAAAAAUCAUGGAACAGACUCUUGCACCCACAGGAACGAAGAAGGCUUGUGUUAUCGGUGGCACAGGAAACUUAGCUUCUAUUCUCAUCAAGCAUUUGCUUCAAAGUGGCUACAAAGUUAACACCACAGUUAGAGAUCCAGAAAAUGAGAAGAAAAUGGCUCACCUUAGGCCACUUCAAGAACUUGGCGAGCUCAAGAUCUUCAAGGCGGAUUUGACCGAUGAAGAGAGUUUCGACUCCUCUAUCUCGGGCUGUGAAUACAUCUUCCAUGUUGCAACGCCGAUCAACUUCAAAUCCGACGAUCCUGAGAAAGACAUGAUCAAGCCAGCGAUACAAGGAGUAAUCAAUGUGUUGAAAUCUUGCCUGAAAUCGAAAUCAAUCAAGCGUGUGAUCUACACUUCUUCAGCUGCUGCGGUUUCCAUUAACAACCUUUCUGGACCUGGACUUGUGAUGAACGAAAAAAACUGGACUGACAUUGAAUUUCUCACAAAGGAGAAGCCUUUUAACUGGGGCUACCCAAUCUCUAAGAUGUUAGCAGAGAAGACAGCUUGGGAAUUUGCAAAAGAGCAUAACAUCGAUCUCGUUACUGUGAUUCCGGCACUUAUAGCCGGAAACUCUCUGCUCUACGAUCCUCCAAGCAGUUUAGCUCUCUCCAUGUCUUUAAUCACCGGGAAAGAAAUGCAUCUGACCGGACUCAAGGAGAUGCAGAAGCUAUCUGGCUCGAUCUCGUUCGUUCACGUAGACGAUUUAGCUCGUGCUCAUUUGUUUCUUGCGGAGAAAGAAACUGCCUCUGGUCGCUACAUUUGCUGUGCUAACAACACUUGUGUUCCAGAGAUUGCUGAUUUUCUCAGACAGAGAUAUCCUAAGUACAAUGUGUUGUCAGAAUUCGAAAAGUGCUUGUCUGUUGCGAAACUGAAACUCAAUUCAGAAAAGCUUAUCAGUGAAGGUUUUCAAUUCGAGUAUGGGAUCAAUGAGAUGUAUGAUCAGAUGAUAGAGUACUACGAGUCCAAAGGAUUGAUCAAAGCUAUAGAAUCUUGAUUUCGACUAUGUAACAAUGGAAUUUAUGAGUACGUACGUGAGUCUUUGAUCUCAUUCUCCCAUUCUACAAAAUGGCUUUUAAUAAUAUGUUGGUUGAGUUUAUAUGUCAUUUCAUACACAAACACUACUUACCAUUAAAGUGAACUUAAGUAAAUCAAGAUUGUUCGAUCACGGUUAAUAAAAUUAUUGGUAGGUACA